AACCAAAUACAGAAAACACCAACACCAAAAUGACUUCCCAUCCUUCGCGUCGUGACUUCUACACGGUCGAGGUGGGAGACACCAAUUUUACAAUACUUACCCGUUACCAGAAUCUACGGCCCAUCGGUUCCGGCGCCCAGGGAAUUGUGUGUGCUGCCUACGAUACGGUGACCGAACAGAAUGUUGCCAUAAAAAAGUUGUCUCGUCCAUUCCAAAAUGUAACACAUACCAAAAGAGCUUAUCGCGAGUUUAAGCUCAUGAAAUUAGUAAAUCAUAAGAAUAUCAUCGGAUUACUUAAUGCAUUUACGCCCCAGCGCAGCUUGGAAGAGUUCCAAGAUGUGUAUCUGGUAAUGGAGCUGAUGGACGCCAAUCUGUGUCAGGUCAUACAAAUGGAUUUGGAUCACGACCGUAUGUCCUAUCUGCUGUAUCAGAUGCUGUGCGGCAUAAAGCAUUUGCAUUCGGCCGGCAUCAUACACAGGGAUCUGAAGCCCUCGAACAUUGUGGUCAAGGCCGAUUGUACAUUGAAAAUAUUGGAUUUCGGUUUGGCUCGAACAGCGGGUACCACAUUUAUGAUGACCCCGUAUGUUGUGACGCGCUAUUAUCGCGCCCCCGAAGUCAUCUUGGGCAUGGGCUACAAGGAGAAUGUCGAUAUAUGGUCCGUUGGCUGUAUUAUGGGUGAAAUGAUACGUGGUGGCGUCUUGUUUCCCGGUACCGAUCACAUUGAUCAAUGGAACAAAAUCAUAGAACAGUUGGGUACACCAUCGACCAGUUUUAUGCAACGUCUACAGCCAACCGUGCGCAACUAUGUCGAGAAUAGGCCACGAUAUUCGGGAUAUUCGUUCGAUCGUCUAUUUCCGGAUGUGCUGUUUCCCAAUGACAACAAUGAACAGAGUCGACGAAAGGCAGCUGAGGCACGUGAUUUGCUGAGCAAGAUGUUGGUUAUCGAUCCGGAACAGCGUAUAUCGGUGGAGAAGGCUUUGUUGCACAGCUACAUACACGUUUGGUAUGACAAUGAGGAGGUAAAUGCCCCGGCACCCGAACCCUAUGAUCACAGUGUCGACGAGAGGGAACACAAUGUUGAGCAAUGGAAGGAACUGAUCUAUGAAGAAGUCAUGGACUAUGAGGCCCAUACAAGUAAUAAUACCAAUGCUGGUUCCAAUAAUACCCGGUAGAAAUAUUAAUAAAAAUAAAUAAAAUUAAAAAAUAUAAAA